GCCAGCAGCCUCUCCUUUGCCGCCGCCGCCGCCGCUGCAGCAGUCAUGGCUGCGGACGGGGUGGACGAGCGGUCCCCGCUGCUGUCAGCGCCCAGCUCGGGCACAGUGACGCCGACAGCCCCGCCGUAUUUCCCAGGCAGCAGCCCGAGAGCAGAACUGCCUCCACCUUAUACUGCUAUUGCCAGCCCUGAUGCCAGUGGUGUUCCUGUAAUAAACUGCCGUGUGUGCCAAUCACUAAUCAAUUUGGAAGGGAAGCUUCACCAGCAUGUUGUCAAAUGCACAGAUUGCAAUGAAGCUACGCCAAUCAAAAACCCUCCUUCAGGGAAAAAGUAUGUUAGAUGCCCAUGUAAUUGUCUGCUUAUCUGUAAGGAUACAUCACAGAGAAUAGGAUGUCCAAGACCCAAUUGUAGGCGCAUCAUUAAUCUUGGUCCAGUUAUGCUGAUUCCGGAGGAGCAGCCAGCACAGCCAGCAAUACCUGUUCAGCCUGAAGGCACCAGAGUAGUAUGUGGGCACUGUGGAAACACAUUCCUAUGGAUGGAACUGAGGUUCAACACUUUGGCAAAGUGCCCACAUUGCAAAAAAAUUUCUUCUGUUGGAUGUGCACUCCCACGACGGCGGUGCUGUGCAUAUAUUACCAUUGGAAUGAUAUUUAUCUUCAUUGGAGUGGGGUUAACUGUUGGUACACAAGAUUUUGCCAGGAAUUUUCAUGCCACAUAUGUUUCUUGGGCUAUUGCUUACCUCUUAGGCUUGGUCUGCCUAAUUCGAGCCUGCUAUUGGGGAGCCAUAAAAGUCAGUUAUCCAGAGCACAGUUUUGCAUAAACUCUUAAUGGUAUCUUAUGUAGAAAAUGAAGCUUUCUGGAGGGUCUGAUAAUGAUAUGAGCUGAGUAAUUUAAACCUUUUUCCUUUUGAAUUUUUCAUUACAAAUAAUGUUAAGGCUGGGGAUCCUUUAAGAACAAAUGUUCAUUGCACUACAUUAUAUGCAAAUAGUUUGUUUUGCUGCUAGAUUCCCAAGCUCUGAGUAUUAAAGCUUUGUUUACAUUAUCAAACAUCUGUCUUAAAAUGUAGUGUUGAACUCAGUUCCAACCUACAGUAUUCUUUUUUCCAUAUUAAACAUCAGCCUGUGCCAUUUGAGGAUAAGUACGCAAAAGCAAGAUGUGUUUAUAGGUGUUUCUACAAUUGCUUCACGUUUGUAUGUACACUUUUAAAAAACUGUGUCAAAGCAGCUUGCUUUACAUUUUUAAGCAAUAAGCAUUUUGCUUGAACUGCUUACUGUAACUUUUACUUAAGAUCAGAGUGUCUUUACUAAGUGUGCAUUGUUUUUGAAAAGUGGGGCUUUUGCUAGAGAGACAUUAUUGUAAACACUAUGCUUUCAAACGUCCAGGUUGAGAAAUGCAAUAUUUUGGUAAUCCAGAUAAAGGAAAAAAGACAUUCAUUUAUCCCUUACUGAAAUUCAACUUAGGUAAUUAUUCUUUAUUUCAAGGACCCUGGGACUUAAUAUUUUUUAUCUUUUUACAGGCAAAGCCAUGAUUGGAUUUAUGGAACUUAUCUCCGGUUAUUUGUACUAUGAGUUCCUUUACAGGGUCUAAGUAAGGGAAGUAUUUGAUAUGACAUGUUUUAUACAUUUGGACGACUAUAGGGUGAUAUUGGGUUACCUCAUAGUUUGCUUGGAUCGUGGUUUAUUUUCCACAAUGGGAGAAUUCUCUUGUCACUGAAAAGGGAGAUAUUAUAGCUUUACACUAACUGAUAUGAAAUAAAUAAGAGUAGUUACUCUGAUCAUUCCAUCAAUGUCUAGCUGAUCAGUAGUACAUUAAAAACUAAUCUAAUGAUACAAAAACUAAAGAAAAUUUUAUUAAGGUCUGUUCAAAAAAGGAUUAUGGGGACCAGUUAUUGCACUGCCCAUCUUUGAAAUUUUACAUAGAGUGUUUUUCUAAAUUCAGAAUUCCGUGAGUUCUUUAGAUUAAAGUAGUUCUUAGACAGUGGGGUCAAGAAGUUAGAUUAAUGUGGAUGUUCCAGGGUUGUGUAUAAUAUUUUCAAUGAUCUGUAUUCCUGUGUGGGGGAAAAGUGAUGCUUGGAUGAGGAUUUGGAGCACAAUAAAUGUAUCCUUCAAACUGUAAAUGAAAGUCUUUGUAUAAUGUUAAAUGUACAAACACAGUAGCUCAGGAUUACCAUGUACCUUUUAAAAAGAAACAUUAAUAAAACUUAUUAUUCAAAGCUA